UUCUAAUUUUCUCAAUUUAUUUCAUCCCUGCAAUUCUACUGCUAAAAAUGGCAGCAACUGCUAAACUGCGCCUGCUCACUCCAUCAUCCCUUCAUUCUAAUGUCAACAAAGAAUUUGCUCUCACAAAUUCCAUUUUAGUUCGUCCCAAGCUAACGGAUACUCGAAUUUGUCACUUCAAAUCCGCCACUAUUAAGCGCCUACGAUACGCCCCUCUCCUUCCUGUAAUCAAUGCCCAAAGCUCACCUGUUGACUACAUUCCUGAUGCUAAGUUCUAUAAAGUGGAAGCCAUUCUCAGGCCUUGGAGAGUCGCCCAAGUUUCAUCAGCUUUGCUAAAAAUUGGUAUCCGAGGUGUUACUGUUUCUGAUGUUCGUGGUUUUGGUGCUCAAGGUGGUUCAACAGAAAGGCAUGGUGGCUCAGAAUUUUCUGAAGAUAAGUUCGUUGCUAAAGUUAAGAUGGAAAUUGUGGUGAGCAAAGACCAGGUUGAAGACGUGAUAGAUAAAAUCAUUGAGGAGGCAAGGACUGGAGAGAUUGGAGAUGGCAAGAUUUUCUUGGUGCCUGUUGCAGAUAUAAUAAGAAUCCGCACUGGUGAGCGUGGAGAGAAGGCUGAGAGGAUGACAGGAGGACGAUCGGACAUGACUUCUUCUACCUGACAUUAGCAUUCGUUUGAUGAAGCUUCUUUUACUUUCCCGUCUUCAUUCUGAAAUUGACGUCGGUAGAUAUGAUGCUGUAUUCUCUUAAUCCGAUAAAUCUAGUUGUUACGAGGUUCGAUGGAUAAUUGAUAAUAAAAGGAUAGCUGAUUUGCUCAAGUGCAGAUAAAUAACAAGAAGAGGACUAAGGAUUGCAUGUUCUGAUGUUCGGAUGUGAUAGAUUAGAUUUAGAUCAUCUUACUAUAACAUGUGCGGUGGAGUUUUGUCUCAAUUUAAAUCCAUAUUUUAUAUGCAUAA